AUGGCUUCACCAGGACCACAAACAUUUUCAGAGAAUAAGGACUGCGAAAACCAACCGGUGAGCCCAAGAAAAGCAGCAGACAGGGGCAGUGGAAGCGAUAAAGACCGAGAAUCUGAUGAUGAACGCCCACCUCUUCCGCCGCGCCCGCAGAAGGCACCCCAACUGGACGCUGGUUUAAACCCCUACUCGACAGCUCACAAGCUCCAGUCAGGGCCAACGACAGCUCUCUCACUCGCAAAUGUCAAUGUUCAAGCCUUGGAUGAUGUUCACCGGGAGAAUUAUGUAUCUCUUGCAGGAGGAGGAAACGGCCUUGAAAAGAUAGUGAGACCUACGACCUCUGGCACUUCUAGGCGAGGAAGUCGAGUCGGGAUCGACAUAGGAGACAAUGGCAGCAUUCGAAGUUUUAUGCCAGAAAGUGACACUCCCGUUGAUGCGGGUAGUCUUUUUGGUGAUUUCGGUGGCUUUGAAGCUGAGAUCCCAUUUAGAAACGCCCCAACGAGGAUAGGAGAGAACCAUUCCAUAUUCAAUUUACAAUCCGAAGAAGAUGACAUUGCUCUUGAAUUUGAGGAUGAGCUUAACUCAGUUGACAACCCAAGCGAGGGUGAGAAUGAAGAGGAGAAACUUGAAAAAUGGAGGAAGAAGAAAAAGCACUUUUUUAUAUUGUCCUCGGCCGGGAAACCAAUAUAUACCCGCCACGGCGACGGCGGACUGAUAUCCCCAUUUAUUGGUGUUAUUCAAACCAUCAUAUCAUUUUACCAGCAAUCUGGAAGCCCCCUCAAAAGCUUUUCUGCUGGAAAAACAAAAAUUGUCAUUCUUUCUCAGGGUCCAUUAUAUCUCGUCGCCAUCAGCUCUCUACUAGAAAGCCAGGCCCAUCUAAGAGCCCAGUUAGAAGCUUUAUACAUGCAGAUACUGUCAACACUGACUCUUCCUGCCCUUGACCAUAUAUUUGCUGUAAGACCAAGCUCGGACUUGCGGCGACCACUCCAGGGCACUGAAUCACUUUUGUCUUCCCUAGCCGAUAGCUUUACAAAAGGUUCCCCUUCAACUCUACUAGGCGCUUUAGAAUCCUUGAAAAUCCGGAAAUCCCACCGCCACAUUAUCAGCAACACGUUUCUUAAGGCUAGAGUUGAGCCAUUACUUUACGGCUUGUUGGUUGCUGGUGGGAGACUUGUCAGUGUCGUUAGACCAAAGAAACACUCUCUUCACCCUGGAGACCUUCAACUGAUCUUCAACAUGAUCUUUGAAGCAGAUGGGGUCAAAGCCGGCGGAGGAGAAAGCUGGAUCCCCAUAUGUCUGCCCGGGUUUAAUAAUAGAGGCUACUUGUAUAUGUACGUGAGCUUUCUUGACCUUCAUAGAGAUCGAGCAGUGGGUAAAAGCACAGGCGAGAUGAAAAAGGAUGACGUUGUGGCCAUCAUCUUGAUAAGCCCUAACAAGGAGAGCUUUUAUACCUUGCAUGAAAUGCGAGAUUCUCUUGUAGAGCAAAUGGAAAAGAACGGAAGCAUGGAAGUCCUUAGAGUAGCUCUAGAACAAGGACGGCCGGCUCCUACUGAUAUAGUCCCAGGCACUGUGGUCCGGCACUUUUUAUACAAAUCGAAAGCAAAUGUGCAGUUCACCAUGUCAACCUAUUCUCCGGAUUUCAUGUCAAUACUGGAUCGUCGACGGCUCAUGUCGGCAUACCAUUCACUCCAUCUAAGUGUCCAUGGGAAACCGGCAAAUGUCAAAGUACAAUACUGUGUUUCAUCUUCUGCCAACUCGCUGGCUUGGAUAACCCCGACAUUUGAACUCUACUGUGUUGCAUGA